CAUCGAUACAACAAUCUUGGGCCGAAUCUAGUAAGUCGCAAAGCAAUCAAGGGCCGAAUCUAGUACCACCGCCACAUCCGUACACGUCAUAACAACAACCAACGAACUGGGUACUGGAACACUUGCCGGUAGCUCUGUAAUGGCACGCAUCUCGUUGAGGAGAAUCUUGAGAAACCCAAACCCAAACCCAAGUAUCAAAGACUUUCUCUUACUCAUUUUUCUUCUCCUCACCAUCUUCCUCCUCCGUCUCCACCACAACCGCCCCGAUCCCCUCCUCAUCACAACGGACCCCACCACCACCACACAGGUCCAAGUAGACCCCACCGCCCUCCACCACCUCCUCUUCUCAAUAGCCUCCUCCUCUGCCUCCCUCCCCAAACGCAUUCCCUACAUACGUCUCUGGUUCGAUUCCAACACCACCCGCGCCUUUAUUUUUCUUGAUCGUCAUUUACCCAUCACUUCCCCUUAUAUUCCUCCUAUUCGCGUUUCUGCCUCUACUACUUCUUUUCCCUACACCUUUCCACGUGGCCUGCGCUCCGCGAUUCGCGUUGCUAGGAUUGUUAAAGAGGCUGUUGAAUUGAAUCAGAAGGAUGUUAGAUGGUUCGUGUUUGGGGAUGAUGACACGGUGUUUUUUGUGGAUAAUUUGGUCAAGGUUUUGGCCAAGUAUGAUCACGACAAGUGGUAUUAUGUGGGGGCUAAUUCCGAGAGUUACGAACAGAAUGACAAGUAUGCGUUUGGAAUGGGGUUCGGUGGGGGAGGAUUUGCGAUUAGUUAUGGUUUAGGGAGGGUUUUAGCUAGGGUUUUGGAUUCGUGUCUUAUGAGGUAUCCUCACUUGUAUGGGAGUGAUUCCAGGAUUUACUCUUGCUUGGCUGAGCUUGGUGUCCACAUGACUCAUGAGCCUGGCUUUCAUCAGGUUGAUGUACGAGGAGAUCUGUUUGGAAUGCUUACAUCACAUCCAUUAUCACCUCUCCUCUCACUCCAUCACUUGGAUGCCAUUGAUCCAAUUUUCCCUAAAAUGGACCGGACUCGAGCUCUAGAGCAUCUAUUCAAAGCUGUGAAUGUAGAUCCUGCCAGGAUUUUGCAGCAAACUGUUUGUUAUGAUCGUUCAAACUCAAUUACUGUAUCAGUUGCAUGGGGUUAUGCUGUUCAGGUCCACGAAGCCAAUGUACUUUUGCCAGACCUCCUUCCUGUACAGAGAACAUUUAGACCAUGGAGAAGGGGAAAAAAUAUGUCCUCAAGCCGUUAUAUGUUCAACACAAGAGCAUAUUUCCGUGAUCCUUGCAAUAGACCUGCUGUUUAUUUUUUCAAUAGCGUGACCCCUUCUAAAAGUGGUGUUUAUACUGACUAUUUAAAACACAACGUCGGUGUUUGCUCAAAACCUGACGUCAUACAGAAUUUGAAAAGCAUUAGAGUUUUCUCGCACCAACAAUAUCUUGACCCUGAACAGAUGAAGGCACCUCGUCGUCAGUGUUGUAGCAUAUCAUCAUUUUCUAGCAACAUGCUGGUUGUUGGGAUUAAACAAUGCGGCUCUGAUGAAUUGAUAUCUAUGCAGAACUAGAACCCAUUUUUUUUCUAUAUCCACAAAAAGAUUUUUUUUAUGGCACAGCCUUUUAGCAGGAGCCUGCCUUUUAGAGGAGGAUGUAGUCUAACUGCAGAGCAAGGGAUUCAAGGGAGCGAACUUGUUUUUCCCACUUUACUUAGACUAUUGAGGGUUGAAAGGCUCCCCCUUGCAGCCACAUAAAUCAUACAACUUCAACACAAACUUCUGCAAAUUGCUCUGGAAAUUAAAAAAUUGAUCUGGAUAUAACAUUUCCCGGUUGAAAUUGGUGAAGAACUUUGCUCCUGUGACCUUUUUAGUGUACAAGUGCACCCCAUUACAGUUUCUGUAAGCAGUUGGGUGCAAUGUCUCGUUGAAGAAAAGAUGGGACAUGCAUUAGGAGAAUGUGGCCGUGUUUAUAAGAAAUCAAAGUUGUACUGCUAUAAUAAAUUUGCCGGCAUCGAAGUUGAAUUGUUUGUGACAUAAAUUAUAAAUGUAUGUUAUACAUUAGAACCUCUACAUAAACUCAAGAACAUAUAAAUUAUUUUUCGUUUUUGUGUUUACUGUAAAGAUUGGUGGAUUGCAUAUUUUUGAUACUU